UGAAAAUUUAUAAAAAUUUGCUGAAAUGUCAAAAUAUAGGUGUUUAUAGUUGUCUCAAUUAAAAAAAUGAAAAAGUUAUCACCUUUAAUAUAUAUUUUAUGUUUUAUUGUCGUAAGAGCAGAUGAACACAGUCACAUUUAUGAAGACAAUGAAGAAGUAGUAUUAUGGAUGAACACUGUUGGUCCUUACCACAAUCGCCAAGAGACUUACGGAUACUUUUCUUUGCCUUUUUGCGCUGGAAAUAGAAAGCAGCUGAGCCAUUAUCAUGAGACUCUUAGUGAAGCUUUACAGGGUGUAGAACUAGUAUUAAGUGGAUAUGAGGUUGAUUUCAAAGCUGAUAUUGCACCUACGGAGAUCUGUAAAGUACAGUUAUCAGAAAGAGAUAAAUUAACUUUUAUAUAUGCUGUAAAAAACCAAUAUUGGUAUCAAAUGUAUAUAGACGAUUUGCCUCUCUGGGGUGUAGUUGGCAAAGAGGAAGAUAAGGAGUACUAUAUAUACACACACAAGAAAUUUGAUAUUGGAUAUAAUGGCAAGCAAAUAGUAGAUGUGAAUUUGUCAUCUCAUAAGAAAGAACUACUUAAAACUGGAGCAGUUUUGACGUUUACUUAUGAAGUGACAUGGAAACCCAGCACUGUCAAGUUUGAAAAUAGGUUUGACAAGUAUUUGGAUCCUAACUUCUUUCAACAUAGGAUACAUUGGUUCAGCAUAUUUAACAGUUUUAUGAUGGUAAUAUUUUUAGUAGGACUUGUGUCUAUGAUUCUGAUGAGAACAUUACGCAAAGAUUAUGCAAGAUAUAGUAAAGAUGAGGAAAUAGAUGAUAUGGAACGUGAUUUGGGUGAUGAAUAUGGAUGGAAACAAGUACAUGGAGAUGUUUUUCGACAUGCUUCUUAUUCUAUGCUAUUUUCUACCUUGAUAGGAGUAGGAUACCAAUUAACAACAGUUGUAUUUUGUGUCAUAGUAUUCACUAUACUAGGAAAUCUGUAUACAGAAAGAGGAUCAUUGUUAUCUACUGCAAUAUUUGUUUAUGCUGCAACAUCUCCUAUCAAUGGAUAUUUUAGUGGCUCUUUGUACUCAAAAAUGGGAGGCAAAGUAUGGAUUCGUCAAAUGUUGUGGUCGACUUUCUUUUUGCCUGUUUUAGUGUGUGGAACUGCCUUUUUAAUUAAUUUUAUUGCAAUUUAUUAUCAUGCUUCAAGGGCUAUUCCUUUUGGAACAAUGGUAAGUAACCAUAU